AACUAUUUAAAAUAUGGAAACCGUUAAAGACCAUCGAGUCAGUGCUUUGCAAGAUGUGCAGGACAAAGUGCUUCGAUUACUAGGUAAAAUGGGAGAUGAGUUUGAAAGUUUGGAGAAGAUUCAAGGAACAGAGACCAGUGUUGCCAGAUUGCAACAGUAUACAAGUGAUAUUCAUUCAAUAAUUAUUUCAUUUGGAGAAAGAUUUUCUGAUGAUGUUCGGCCAAUCGAAUCAUUUCAAAAAAUCGAAUUCAAUGAAUUAUUUGAAGAGAAAGAAAGUUUUGGGAAACUGAAAGUAGAUGCGAGAGGUGGAUUUGGAAUGGUUACGUACAAGGAAUUCCGGGGUCAGAAGGUGGCAGUAAAGUUUCAAGAAAUGGAGAAAAAUUCAACUUUCAAACAUGAAAUUAAAACCUUGAGAACAAUUUCCCAUGAUAACAUUAUCAGUUUCCGAGGUUGGGGUGAACAUACUGAUGCAGACGGGACUCCUUAUAUCUUCCUUGUGAUGGAACAUUUGGAAAAGAAUCUGAUGCAGUAUGUCCUAGAGCAAGUUUCGGAUGAUAAUAAAGGUCUCUCCUCUCGAAUCACCUGGGAAAUUUCGAAGCAAAUUGCUCAAGCACUGAAUUAUCUUCACAAUCUGAAACCUUCUAUUGUUCAUGCUGAUCUGAAACCAGACAAUAUUUUGGUCGACACUAAGCUUAUUAUUCCCAAACCAAAGAUUAUUGACUUUGGCCACUCUCGUCACGAUUCUUUAGUACACUCUGAAGAACAGAUGGAUCAGGAUGAGAACAGUUCUAUUGAUACACGAAAAGGCCACAAGAGAUACCGUCCCUCAGAAGCAGAACUUGAGAAAGUUCAGGGUAUUGAAGAUAUGAAAAAGGUGGAUGUACAUGGUUAUGGUCUCACCAUUCUCUUCAUGAGAACCGGCACCUCACCGUACCCUGAGGACCAGACUCGUGAAUUGAAAAGUGCUCGCAUGAGUUCUCCGGUGAAAAGGUUAAAAGGAAAGAUCUACAUAAGAAAAGUUACACUUCCUGAUCUACCUGAUACUCUGCUUGGUAAACUCAUCCUGGAUUGUUGCGAGAAUGCCGAGAAACGUCCAACAUUUGCUAAAAUCCUGAAGACUUAUUUCGGGAAAGAAAUGAAAAAUCCAUUCAAUUUGGCUGAGAAAGGAGAAUUCUUUGAAUGUGGUUUCCUGAAGGAUACUCAGAUAUUUGUGGCAGACUCUAUGGUUGAAGACACAGAGAUUAAAAAAUACAAGGGUUCGGAAUCACCACCUGGCUACAGAAGAGAAGAUCUGAUCUGUGGUGUGGAGAUUGUCAACAAGCCUUACCAUGAUAAACCGGAUGAUAAGGAGGAACUCAGAAAGAAAUAUUUGGAGCACUACAGAAAAUUCUGUAAACAGGCGAAAGCAAAGGAGAUAGAUGAUAAUCCAGCUGUUGCGUUAAGUAAAGUCAUAACAGAGAGAUCUGGUGAUGAAGAAACGCAGAAAAUUGAACUGGAAUACAAGGAAAAGACAUACUGUCACCAUCGAGCAAUGAGAGAAAUCUGGCGUGAUUUUGAUACUCCAGAUAAAGUAAAACUGUUGCCAUGUUUGAGUGAGGUUCACCCAUUGUACAGCACAUCAUUUGGACUUCAUGUUGCUAUACUCACCAAUGAAGGACCUGGCAACACUAAAAAGUUUGUUUUCACAAGAAGAUCUAAUAAGCCAGGUAUGGCGACUCCGGGAUCCUACACAUGUGGGGCAGUAGAGAGUUGCUCUAUUAAAGAUUACUUAGAUUCUGAGAAAACUAAAGAAUUCAUUGCAAAGAGAAGAGCUUUGAGAGAAGAAGAGAGAAAUAAUGAGGUUUAUGAAACUGCGGAGGAAAGGGAAGCAGCUGAAACAAAAGAACAGGAAGAAAGGGAAAGAGAAGAACAACUUGCGUACGUGUCUCUAGUUGAUACUGCUGCAAGAGGAUUGGAAGAGGAACUGGGGUUACCUCUUCAGGGAAGUGACAAAGACGCGAUCACCUUGAACACAAUUUAUCUGAAGUUUGACAAUCAUGAGUGGGGGAUGUGUGGCUUUGUCGAUUUGACUAAUGAAAAGAUUCGUGAAGAAAACCGGUUCAGCUUUUCCAAAUUGAACGCAGCAUUUACCAGCGGUCCUAAAGAUAAAUUUGAGCAUUGGCAAAUCCAUGGAGUUGAUUUUGAGCUCCGUACUAUGGUUGAAUGGAUACGAGAGAAUCAUGAUAAACUUGCAAGCUCAGCAAAAAUUGUCGUUGUCAAAGUUCUUCAAGCUUUCUUUGGUGUUGCUGAUGUUAUUGAUGCCUUUGAAAGGAAAAUGUCCUAAAAUGGGUCAAACUCAAGUUCAUGUAUCUGAAAACUAAUACCAGUAACUAGCUAACUAAUCCCAUACCCGACACGGACUGGUAACUGGACGAGAGGCCGUGGUUCGCCAUAUGGUUAAGCCGUCUUAUAGGCUUUCCUUUCCCCUGGGAUAAUUAUGUAAAAAAAGCUAUUUUUUCUAUGGCUUUCAGGAUUCGUUUUUAAAAUUCUAUCAAUUACACCAAGGCUUUCCAAAGUUUUUUAAGCUUGCGACCCCCCCCCCUCCUCCUUUUACGCGAACCUUUGUAAGCCGGCAUUGUUAUGCAAUCAUUCCUCUGAUCUUAUGUAUUUUCUCGAAAUCGUGAGACU